AUGAACCGGGCAGGAACCGGCUACCGCUUCCGGCCCCGGAACUCGUUCGCAGGUGAUUUGCAUCAUCUCCAUGACCUGAUUCUCCUCACCUGUGGCCUUGCAGCUUUCCACGUAGAAGCCUUGUGGCGUCCCACGCUGCAGCUCCUCCGCGACUGGCCCCAGCCAGCAGAGCUCUUCGCGGGUCCUACGGCGGCCCCCGUGGAGAGCUUGGCGGUCACCGCCUGCGUGAAGCAGCGUAAAUGGCGCGAGUCCGUGCUCCUACGAGAGCAUUUCUCAGAUCAGCGCCUACCUGCAAGCGCACUCACGGUGAAUCUGGCGAUCGACGCCUGUGAGAAGCUAAGCUAUUGGUCCCAAGCGCUUGGACUUUUGAAGAAUUUGGAGGAUCAAGAGCAGUCAAAUGCCAUUUCCUAUGGUUCCUGUUUGUCCGCCUGCGAUGUUGGCUCGCGUCACCGCGCCCACGAGCCACGCCUCUGCAGGGAGUUGCAAACCGCAGGGCUGGCCGCUUUGGCCACGGAAAAGAGGGGCGGGGCUGAGGUGAAUCGGUGGAAUCCAGAACCCAGAUAA